CCUCCUUUCUAUAAACAACCAAACAGCAAUUAACUACUAGGGUUUUCAUUCCAUCAUAUUCUUUUCGAAUCUAUUUUCCUCUCGUUUUCCUUUGCAUUUUCUCGGGAAAAUCAUGGGGAAAGGCCCUGGUCUCUACUCUGACAUUGGCAAGAAAGCUCGAGAUCUUCUUUAUAAGGAUUAUCAAAGUGACCACAAAUUUACUGUCACUACUUACACUUCCACUGGAGUCUCGAUAACUUCAAGUGGGAUUAAGAAGGGUGAGUUGUUUUUGGCUGAUGUCAGCACUCAGCUGAAGAACAAGAAUAUCACAACUGAUUUCAAAGUGGACACUAACUCAAAUCUUUUCACAACCAUUACUGUUGAUGAACCUGCACCUGGACUCAAGACAAUCUUUAGCUUUAUUGUUCCUGAUCAGAGAUCUGGCAAGGUUGAACUACAGUACCAGCAUGAGUAUGCUGGAAUAAGCACUGGCAUUGGAUUGACUGCCAGUCCCAUUGUUAACUUCUCUGGUGUAAUUGGAAACAAUUCUAUCUCUGCUGGAACCGAUCUCGCAUUCGACACUGCCAGUGGAAACUUUACCAAGUGCAACGCAGGGUUGAGUUAUACCAAUACUGACCUCAUUGCUUCCUUGACAUUGAAUGACAAGUAUGAUACUCUUAGUGCUUCCUACUAUCACAUUGUAAGCCCACUGACCAAUACAGCUGUUGGUGCGGAACUGACCCAUAGCUUUUCAAGCAAUGAAAACACACUGACAAUCGGUACUCAGCAUGCACUAGACCCCUUGACCUCAGUGAAGGCCCGUGUGAACAACUAUGGCCGAGCAAGUGCUCUCAUCCAGCAUGAGUGGCGUCCAAAAUCUCUCUUCACUAUCUCAGGAGAGGUGGACACCAGAGCAAUUGAGAAGAGCGCUAAGAUUGGACUGGCCUUGGCACUCAAACCAUAGACUAGGUAAACAUUAUUGGUAUUGGAGGGGAAGAACAACGAGCUUUUGAGUGGUGGAAAACAAUAAUGUCAGGUCGAAAGACGUAAAAUCUUUUUUGUUUCUCACGAACUUGCUAAUAUCAUCAUGUGAUGUUGGCUUUCACGAUUGUUGUGGUAAUGGGUUGUAAAAUAAUUCUGGUUGGUGUAUCGAACAACAUAAUCAAUUUUUAUUUGAAUGCCCUUUCCACCCUUAUUGGGGGGUUGUACUUGGGGCUGUAGUGUAGCCAAGUAUGGCUGAUUUUGAGCUUGGCUUGAUGAGAUAGAUGCGGACUUGAUAAACUUGUAAGCUAUAAGUUUGUUGCAAGCUUAAGCUCGAACUUGAGAUAAGAGUUGCUACUUCAAGCUUGACUUGAAAAAAGCUGUCAAAUGGAGCUCGAAUUUGAUGUAUGUUUACCGUUAUGUAAAACACUGCAAUUCUAUCUUAUGCCAUUUGUUUAAUCCAA